UUCUUUUUCCCCCAUUUUACUACACACUACUGCUGGGGCAGCAAAACUAAGAGCAUCAGAACCCUAAUUCUGGCGUCUUCUUCCGCUUGUUCUUCUGCAAAUUCGUCCUGGCCUUCUGCAUAUUGAUUGGAAAGUGGUGGGUGGAAUUUGGUUUGGUCGUAAGCUGGCUUUCUUGUAGAGUAUUUUUCGUGGGGCAAAAUGAAGGUUACUCGAAAGACUGUAGCGGAAAGUCCUUCCUCCCUUGCCGGUGAAGAAUCGCAAGACCACGAUGGGAAAGGGUCGACCAUCAGGCGGAUGGAGAAUGGAAUCAGAGCUUGUGAGAAAGGUGGUUUUAUUAGUGAAGGAUUGGAUGGUGGUGGAAUUUCUGUUGUGAAUAACAACUCGAGCGGGAAAAUUGGUUCUCUAUUCGAUGGAAAUAGAGAUAGCCUUGAAGACUCUGAGAUGAAUGGGAUUUCUUCUCUGCUUGAAAUGCAGCAGAGUGGGAGGUACCCUGGAUUGGACUCCGUGUUGGAGGUGAUUGAUAAGAAUGAGAGAAAAGAGUUCAGCAAUGGCGGAGAUGAUAGUAAGAAGCAAAGAGAAGUGAGCCUCCUGGGUGGUGGGGAAACUGAAGGGAAACAUAAGGGCAAGGAAGAAACUGAGGUUGAGGGAAGCUUGGAGAAGGAUGAUGAAACGGAAGAACUUGAUUACGAUGUUGGCGAUUUUGUAUGGGGAAAGAUCAAGAGCCAUCCAUGGUGGCCAGGGCGGAUUUAUGAUCCCUUGGAUGCAUCCGAGCAAGCAAAGAAAGUCAAACAUGGAGAAGACAGGAUUCUUGUUGCUUAUUUUGGGGAUGGCACUUUUGCUUGGUGCAAUCCAUCUCAAUUGAAGCCUUUCCACGAGAAUUUUGUCGAGAUGGCGAACCAGAGCACGUCCAAGAACUUUGUCAAUGCCGUGGAGAAGGCUCUGGAAGAGGUCGGUAGGUCGAUUGACUUGAGUUUGACUUGCUCUUGUGUGCCAAGAGACAAUCUGUUUGGUUUUGGGAGGUCUUUGGCAGCAAAUGCUGGAGUUAGAGAUGGACUUCUUGUGCCAGAAGGUGGAGACUUCUCUGAUAAUACUUUGUUUAAACCGGAAAAUGUUUUCUAUUCGAUCAAACAUAUGGCAAAAGGUGUCAGAUUUGGUAAUGCGUUGGAGCUUGCUAUAGUGAAGAGCUCCUUGUCAGCUUUCUACAGAGGAAAAUGCGGGAGCAAAUUGCAGGCUUUUUCUGAGCCGACGGAAAUUCCAGGGCUCGAAGAUGACUCUCCUAAGUGGAUGCUGGGUGAUCCGAAUAAUCAGAAGAAUACUUUAGCGGAAGGUAUAUUUCCUGGGCCAGUUGAAGAAGACUGGGCUUCUUCUUCCCUUGGCCAAGACUCUCAGAACUCAUUGCAGGCACCACAGGUGUUUCCAGAACGCUUGGCACCUCGGAGAAGGAAGCAGAAAAGCAUUGCCGAAAUUAUUAGUGGUAGUCCUGAUGCUGAGACUGAAGCAGAAGCAAGUGGAAGCAAAACUGUAUCUGGAAGGAAGAAGAGGGCGAGCAAAAGUGGAGUUGCAGGAGAUGAGGUAAUUGAAAACCCAGAACCAUCUGGAAGUAAAAAGAGGAAAGUGCGAAGCAGUCCUAAGGUUACUGAGGUGGCCAAAACUGAAGCUAGCUCGGGUGAUAUUUCUGCCUCUAGUUUACAUAAGAGUAAAGCUAUCAAUGAAGUUGCUUCCUCUGGACAGCAAAAGAGCGAAAACACAGAAGUCCCCUAUGGAUCAAGAAGGAGUAAACGUAGCAAGGAAGCUAAUGUGGAAGCACCCAGUGAGUACGUUCCUGGGCUAAGGAAGAGGAAAGGCAGAGAAGUUCCUAAAUCUCCAGUAACUGCAGCCAAUCAUGACACAUUGGCCAUCAAUGUAAAAACCCCAGUGUCAAGGAGAAGGAAGAAACAGGAAGAUAACAGUGUCGUAAAUGAUGACAGCCUAGGAAAAACCGAAGAAGUGACAGAAAAGAAAAUGGCUGGUGGCUCAACUAUUGAAAAUGAUGGCAACAAGGGCAACCAAACAAGUGAGAAUGUUGCUUUGUCUAGGGAAAGGAAGAAAAGCCGGUACCUUUCCCCUCCCUACACUAAUAUUACUCUUGGGCAGAGGCCGAAAAUGAAGGCGUCGGGUGAAUCUCAAUUAGCCGAGGAUAGGACUGAAGCUGCUGGUCAUCAUAGUAAUGAUGUUAAUUCUCUGGAAGAACUCUCUAAAGAGCAAGCUGUUGUGGAUGGGAAACCUGAUGAUCUGAUUCCAGAGACAACUAAAGAUCAAACCAGCACAAUCGAAGCUCGGACAGCUGCGAGUGAAAUGCUAUGUCAUAUCCGCUCAGUAGCUCUCAACCCACUCCAUGUCAAGGAAAGCAAACAUCUUGAUCAGGUCCUGGGUUUUGUUUCCGAGCUUAGAAGCCCAGGCAAUAAUGAGGAGGGAUCAAACAACGAGCAGAACAUCAAGCCUAAACGAGGAAGAAGGAAGAAGAAACUUCAAGAAGAAUCUGAAUCAGACCCAAGUUCACCUAAUGAUCUUAAAUUGCAUCAGAACAAGGAAUUCCAGAAGAGGGAUAAGCCUGUAGCUGCUACCCUUCAUGUCACUUUUGGCCCGGGAUCAUAUCUACCUUCCAAGGAUGAUCUUCUAAGAAUAUACGGCCCAUUUGGUGCAUUGAACAAAGAUGAAACCGACAUGCUCUACAACAAUCGCUGUGCUAGGAUUGCAUUCUCCAGUAAAUCCGAAGCCGAGGAAGCACUGACCCACAGCCACCGUUCGAGCCCCUUUGGCACAAGCCAUGUGAACUUUCGGCUUCGUUAUGCCCCUUCAAUGCCCAAAUUUCCAGUCCCUUCAGAGCUCCGUAAUGUAAUAGAGAAGCUUGAGGUGGUGGACUCGAUGCUGAAGAGUAGUUCAUCAGAGAUGUCUGCCAACUUGAAAUCCAGGGUGGAAGGUGAAAUUAGAGGAGUGAUUGAGAAGUUAAACACAAUGGUCAAGCCUCCGGGAGGUUGUAGUUAGAAGAGUGGUUGUUGCUUUGUCUGUGUUGUUUCCUUUUGUGAGUUGUUGUUAUAGGCUCAGAUCUCUUAAAUUUGGUAUUAAUUUGUCUACAGACUACAGUUAAUGAUCUUGAUGUUAUGUGCACAGCAAGUAAGGGUUGGGGGGAAGGGGGUUAGAUAGUUUCUUACCACCUUUUACUUGAAUAUAUUGGCAGCCUAGAGAGGGGUAAAAGAAAUCAUAUGUUUAUUUUGCCAUAUCUAUGUGUGGCUCUGUGGUAUCUGGUACGUUUAAUGCAUGUUAACGAAGUUGCAUUUUGAGAUGGUCACAGGUUCAAUUCUAGGAGAUCAAGCCAUUGAAAAGACUG